GUGCCAUCAACAUGGACAUCCAGAUAGGUCUAAGCUACUGUUGAAAAAGGACGGUAGAUGCAAAUAAGCCAUUCAUAAUUUACAAAUGCUGGCUCAGUCAGGUUUGUAACGGACCAAUGGCCGACCAGGUACAUUUCAACGUAGGCGGGACGAAAUUCUCAACUACCUGGGCCACACUACAAAGACUCCCCAGUUCGAAACUUGGCCGGCUACACGAAAGAAUCAAUGAGAUAAAAGGAGAGCACACGGAAUUCUUCUUUGACAGAAAUCCAGCUGUAUUCGGAUGUAUACUGGAUUUUUACAGAAAUGGUGUCCUGCAUCUCCCGGAAACAGUUUGUGGACGUCAGAUUCGUGAGGAGUUACAAUUUUGGGAUAUAUCAGCUGGCCUCGUUUCCAGUUGUUGUUGGCGGGUUCUGUACAAAGAUGACGGCGUGGAGAAGACGAUGAGAUUACUGGACAUGGAGCUUCCAGUUUUCCCUAAUGGUAUGCAGAUGCUUCAAAAGGCCGAGAAGGUGACGUCCACGAUCUGGAACCUCCUGGAAUAUCCCUCCUCUUCACUGAUGGCCAAGGGGUAUAUGCUGUUUGCACGUUUUGGACUUGGCGAAUGUAGUCUUCCUCCUGGAUGUGUUGACACGCUUCAUCAUGUCCCCAUAUAAAGCAAGAUUCUUCCUCAGCGUCAUCAAUGUUCUGGACAUCCUCGCUCUACUGGCCUGUGCCGUUACCCUGAUAACUAGCCAUGUCCGUUUGUUAUUGUGGAGAACACUACACACCCCUAGUUUGCUCCAGAUACUCGGAUUUCUUCGAAUGUUGAAGUACAUCCGGUUCUAUCGCGUCUUGAAGGCCAAUCGCUCGCUCGCACUUCUUCUCCUGGCACUGUUUAAAAGUAAGCGGACAAUGUUUAUGUAUGUUGGCGUCAUGAUCGUCAACUGUGUGCUAAUUGGAAUCCUUUUCUUCUCGUUCGAACAUUCUGACGCGUACGAUAAUUAUCUCUAUGUGUCCCCGUCCAUCUACUGGGCAUUUAUUACUAUGACAACCAUUGGCUAUGGAGACAUUUACCCAAAAACCACAGGUCCCACUUCAGUUAUAUCCAAAUCGAAUUAAAAGAAGAGUAUGAAA